GGCGGGGUUGAAGUCUCCACAUUGGACUUAAAAACCACUCCCUGCUCUCCUGCUCUUGUUUUCAAGUUGGAAACUGCUCACUGUGGUCUGCUGUUUGGAGAGAAAGCGAAUCUUCGGGCCAUCAUGGACGACGACUUUGACCGCCGCAUGGAGCUGAGGAGGCAGAGGAGAGAGCAAAUGCGCCUGGAGGCCGAGAAAAUAGGUUACACCGACGACGACGACGACGGCGGGGAAGCGGCUCGUGAGCAAAGGAGACGUGCGAGGGAGGAGAGGAAGAAGAUGAGAGAAUCAGAAGAAUCCGGCGACGUGAUCAACGCCAACGAUGUGGCGGAGAGCAAAGCCUCAUGUUCCUCUGCCAUGAGUAUCGCGGUCACAGAUGACGAGCAGGCUCUGGAGGAGCGCCUGGCCAAGAGGGAGGAGCGAAGGCAGAAGAGGAUGCAGGAGGCCAUCGAGAGGCAGAAGGAGUUGGACCCAAGCUUCGCCGCGGCCAACGGGAUCGACGGGUCGCCAGAAAACCAGGCGGACGUCGACGGAGGGAGGCUGAGAGACGCAGAAGAGGAGGAGGACGAGGAGGAGAAACAAGUCCAGGAGGAGGUGACUGAUGAUGAUACAAAGGAAGAGGACAAGACUGAAGCUGAGGACGAGGAAGAGGCUGCUCCUGAUGUUGACAAGGAAGAAGAAAAACAGCAAAGGAUAAGGAAAGAAGAGGAGGAGGACCGUCAGCAGAAAGAAAUGGAGGAAAAGAGGAGGAUAGAGGAUGAAGAGAGGCAGAAAAAAGAGGAGAGGAAGAAGAGAGAAGAGGAGGAGCGACAGGAAAGGGAAAUGGAGGAGAGGAGGAAAAAGGAAGAGGAGGAAGAACAAAAGCGGGAGCUGGAGGAGAGACGCAGGAAAGAGGAGGAGGAGGCGGAGAAGCGAAAACGGGAGAUGGAGGAGGAGAAAAAACGGAGGGAGGAGCGAGAAAAAUGGGAGCUGGAGGAGAAGAAGAGGAAAGAGGAGGAAGAAAAACGGCAGAAAGAAGCAGAGGAGAAAAACAAGGAGGACGAGCAGAAGAGGAAAGAGAUGGAUGAGAGGAAAAAGAAAGAAGAAAAACGGAAAAGGGAAGCCGAGGAGAAGAAUAAGAAAGAUGAGGAGGAGAAACGCAAAAAGAGAGAGAUAGAGGAGAAGAAAAAGAAAGAUGAGAAUGGAACAGCCAAACAGAAUGGAGCACUCAUUGAGAAUAAACUGAAAAAGCCAGACAAGCUAUCCAGAAACGACGUUCCUUCAGUGGAGCCGGCAUUCUCGGAGCGCCAGGAGGCCGAGCGCCAGGAGGCCGAGCGCAAGCUGCAGCAGCUCCAGCAGCGGCGGCACGACGCCGAGAGCGAGGAGAUGGAGAAGAUGAAGCAGAAGCAGCACCACGCCGAGGCCGAGCUGGAGGAACUGAAGAGCAAGAGGGAGGAGAGGAGGAAGGUCCUCGGGGAGGAGGAGAAGCAGAGGAAACGACAGCUGGAGGACAAGAAGAGCAAAGAGCAGGAGGAGAGGAAGAGGAUGAAGGAGGAGAUCGAGAAGAGGAGAGCGGAGGCUGCAGAGAAGAAGAAGCAGCUGGGGCAAGAGCCGCUGAAGCCCUCGUUCACCAUCAGCCCCAAAGGUUCAUCCAAGAUUGGGGAGAAGGCGGAAUUCUUGAGCAAAUCGGCUCAGAAAAGCGUGAGAGCGACGCACGCACCCAUCGUCUCCAAGAUCGGCAGCAGACUAGAACAGUACGCCUCCGCCAUCCAGGGGAACAAAGAGGUGAAGUCCCCCAAGCCUCUCAUGGCUGACAUCCCCUCAGGCGGCACCCGCAGCAUCAAGAGCAUGUGGGAGAGCGGCAACGUCUCUGACAAUCAAGUAAAUAAGGAUUGCGUGUCUAUUAAGGGAAGCGUCGUCAGUCGGACAACGAAGCCUGCACAGGCCGAUAAGACGCCACCUGCAGCAGCGGUGGUGACGAAGGCUGCAACAAGGCCUGAUAAAACCCAGCCUCCUGCAGAACAACGCACUAAUGACGUGAAUAAGCAAAGCGAUGUCUGUAACAAGCGCAACAUGUGGGAAACCAAAAAGAGCUCGACGCCAGCCAAGGUGUUGGUUGGAGUCAAAAGCAAGUUUGCUUAAAAAUGCCAGCAAAUAUUCACUGCCUGCCUUCAAGCAUGCUGCCGAGCGAGGAUCACAUGACCAGGAUGAGCCACACUGUCCCAUUCAUCUGAAGAGUUCAAAAACAAAAGUAGCAACCAGUGCAAAAACCAUUUAGUUUAACCAGAGCGAACACUGUUAUCAGUCCAAGAGCUGAAGUGUUUGUCAACAUGUUUAAAAGUUUCCUCCCCUUUACGAAAUUGUAGUUUUUACGUUCACUUUUGUGAUUUUAUUGCAGUGUGCGCCCACUGCUCUCAUCGAGCUUAUCAAAGCUAGUUAGGCUAGAGGUCAAGCCACCGAGCUGAAUAAGUUUGUAAUUAAAUGGUUUUCUAGCAAUGGAUGAUAAUCAAAUACAAAACAAUAUACUAGAUUACAGUCUUGAAAAGUAAACACCCUAAAGGUAAAGGCGCUUGUUCGAAAAUUAACACAAAAUCGCAACCCUAUGUCUAUUACUAGUAGUAUUAGUAUAAAUUGAUUGACAAAAGGUGAAACUCAGACCAGACAAUGAUGCAAUUUAUGCUAAUGCUAAUCUGGUUGAAGCAUCAUCGUGUUGCCGUGCAGAUAGCGUGUCGUUUUUAAUUUCAAUAAAAAGGCUCCCCUAAUUUAUUAAAUACAUUAAUUGAUAAUAACAAAACUGCAAAUUGUGUUAGUGCCGAGCGACUAACAUUUACGCUGAUACUAUUCCGCGUCAAAUGAGAAGCUUUUAAAAAAAUGUGUUUUUCAGUAUAUGUAUACAUCACGCUAAAUUGCUUUGAUCUCACUAACCUCCUGGUUGGUGGCGGCUCAAAUAUGCCCAUUUUAAAUUAAAACAUAAUAUAGUUAAAUGAUUUUUUUGUUACUAUGAAACUUCUGAUUGGCUCAAUAAAGGGAUACAAACA